UCUCUCUCUCUCUCUUACUUAUUUCUUCUUCAGUUUUUCUCUCUCUCGAGUCAUUCACGUCCAUAACGUCAAUACGGGGCCGUUUGAUAUGGAUAAGCAUCUCAGGACGAAGCAACCCAAGACCGACCCAAUUCUUGCAGCUUCUUCUUCGACUGAAGAAGUGAGUAGCCUAGAGUGGGAAGCAGUGAACAUGAAUCAAGAAGAAGAAGAUUUGGUCUGUAGAAUGCAUAAGCUUGUCGGUGACAGGUGGGAACUGAUAGCUGGGAGGAUCCCAGGCAGAACGGCAGAAGAAAUUGAGAGGUUUUGGGUCAUGAAGAAUAAUUGAAUAUCUCUGAAGUUUUACUGAUUAUUUUCAUUUACCAACUUUGUAAUAAGAAACUUUCUUAAGAUAAUCAACAAUCUCUAGAACCACCAUUUA